AUGUUGUUGAUCCCGUGGUUAGGGGUCGUCUUGGGCAUGACUCUCUGGAGUCAGUGGCUCCCCAUUCCGGGGGUCACUGCUCCAGCGAUGUCAUUCAGGCAGCGUCUGUCUGGUGUUUGCCAGCUGGUUGCGGGGUCUUGGAUCGUCUGUGGCACUGUGGACAUUCUCAAGUCCCCGAGUUGUUACUCCAAUGAUACUGACAACGGUGGUACUCACUCCGGUGAUACUGCCGUUGUGAGUCUCGCAGACGGUCAUGGGUAUGCGAACACGACCGACUUCUUGUUAAUCAGUCCUGUAACGGAUGUUAUCGUCCCGCUCACGCGGGCCGAUACCAUGCCGUCCUGGUUUGCAACUGGCGGUUUCAAGGUACCCAUCCCGGGUUUGGCCUGGUCUAGCGCCGGAGUGACAUCUUCUCUUCCCGAAGAAGUUGUCGACAUCCACCCGCUUAGAUCGGGACCCGGGCAAGGUCUCUUCGUCCCCCUGCUGUGUGUCGUUGUCUGGUGUUUUCUCCAAGGUCCCAUGGCCUUGGUCGCUUACACACGGCGACUUGUCUCCUUCAGUGUCCGGACCUUGACUGAGCGGAUACUGGACGAUCUUGAGGGCCAACCGCAAAUUGCACGUGUGCGACUUGUGGCCGAGGAAGAUUCAACUUUGUACGAUAAGUUGGAUUUUCUGAUCGCCGGCUUGAUGGAUCUCCAGGAUGAAACUCUGGCUUGGGUCUUGGCCGUGGACAGUCAUCCCGACUCGGUGUCUCACGUGUCUGUUCUCUCUCACGCUGGGGGGUAUCUGGGUUCACCGGAUCCGCGCGGAGGGUCAGCAGGCACGGGACCGAAAGUCGGCCCGCAAUACCACCAACAACGGCACAGGCAGCGGCUGUCAGCAUCCUGGGAACCCACCUGA